CCCACCACCUAAAAAUAAACAAAUCUAUUCAGCCCCAAAAGCAUCCUCUCUCCAUGCGCAUAAUAAAACCCCUGAGACUAUACUAUUCCCUUUGUUUUCUCAUAUAUUCCCUUUUUUUCUCAAGCGCUGUAAUUGCUUAGCUACCUAGCUAGGUAGGGACAUCUCUCUCUCUCUCUCUAUGCAGCUCGGAGACACCACAGUGUUGGAAACCUCCUCCGGGGAGGCCGUGGCGGCGCUUGACGGCGGAGAGGUCAUCAUGGUGGACGCAAAUUCCGGCGAGGAGAAGAUAAAGGAGGGUGCCGGAGAAGAAGAAGGUGACAAGAUCACUAACUCUUGCGGGGGAAACAGAUGGCCACGCCAAGAAACUUUGGCUCUCUUGAAGAUAAGGUCCGAUAUGGAUGCUGUGUUUCGAGAUUCAAGUCUUAAGGGUCCACUUUGGGAACAAGUUGCAAGGAAACUAGCGGAACUGGGUUAUCACCGAAGCGCAAAGAAGUGCAAGGAGAAAUUUGAGAAUGUGUACAAGUACCACAAAAGAACCAAAGAGAGCAGAAGUGGCAAACAUGAAGGAAAAACCUAUAAAUUCUUUGAUCAAUUACAAGCCCUUGAGAACCAAUUCCCACUCUCUUACCCGCCAAAACCACUACCCACUUUGGCAACAACAACAAACACAGUGGCAUUAUUGCCACCUCCAACAACAAGGCCUAGUGACACAACACCAAUCUCUUAUGUCACCACCACUGUUCCCUCCACAAACCCUACAGUCAUAUCUCCUUCGCCACCACCACCAACCAAUGCCGCCGCCACCACCACCACCAUCACCGUCACUUCUCCAACAGUAGCAACCAACCCUAGAAACCCUCCGGAACCCAACAACAAUGAGAAUAACAAUAACAAUAACAUCCCUUUCUCUUUGCCCAACAUGAACAACCUCUUCUCAACCACUUCAACCUCUUCCUCCACGGCCUCGGAUGAGGACUUGGAAGAGAAGUACCGGAAGAAGAGAAAGUGGAAGGACUACUUCAGGAGGCUCACGAGGCAAGUCUUGGUCAAGCAAGAGGAAAUGCAAAAGAGGUUCCUCGAAGCCAUAGACAAAAGGGAGAGAGAACACGUGGCACAACAAGAGGCUUGGAGGAUCCAAGAAAUGGCAAGGAUCAAUAGAGAACAUGAACUUCUUGUUCAAGAAAGAUCAACUGCGGCAGCCAAAAAUGCAGCAGUUAUUGCUUUUUUGCAACAGUUAUCUGGUCAGCACCAAAAUCCCACAACACAAGCCGUUGCCAAUUUCUUCCAACAACCACCACCACAGCCACCACCACCACCACCACAAGCUCCACAACCACAAACACAAGUAAUGAUGUCUAAUAAUAACAACAACAUUGAAAUUCAGAAACUGAAUAAUGGUCACAGUGCGGUUGCUCCUACUGCUAUUAUUGCUGCUACUGCGACUGGUACUCCAUUGAGUUCUUUAUCUUCUUCAAGGUGGCCAAAGACAGAAGUUCAUGCUUUGAUAAGGUUGAGGACGAGUCUUGAACCUAAGUACCAAGAAAAUGGACCAAAGGCUCCAUUGUGGGAGGAUAUAUCCGCGGGAAUGUCGAGGCUCGGAUACAACAGGAGUGCCAAAAGAUGCAAGGAGAAAUGGGAGAACAUCAACAAGUACUUCAAGAAGGUGAAGGAAAGCAACAAGCAAAGGCGUGAGGAUAGUAAGACAUGUCCCUAUUUUCAUGAACUCGAUGCCCUAUACAGAGAAAAGAGCAAAACUCAGAAUCCCUUUGGCGCUUCAUUCCACAACAUGAAGGCACAUGAGAUGAUGGAGCCACUGAUGGUGCAACCGGAGCAGCAAUGGAGACCUCCCUCUGAAUAUGAACAAGGUGCAGCGAAGGAGAGCAAUGAAGGGCAAUAUGAAAGAAGAGAUAGAGAAGAAGAAGAUGAAGAAGAAGAAGAACAAGAAGAAUUAGAGGAUGAUAACGAAGAGGGAGAUCUAGAGAGUGUGGAAGAUGAAGGGGAUAGCCGUUAUGAGAUUGCGACAAAUAAACUUUCUUCAGUGGACACCGUUGAAUGAGACAAGAUAAGGAAGUUUCUGAUUGGAAGGAGAGUUUAAUUUUAGUUUUAAUAAUAUAUUUUUUGUGGGGAUUUGAAUUAUUUAAUUGAAUUUGAUUUUUGGAAUUUGGGGUUAGGAGAAAAAGGGUUGUGGCACAAACACUACCUGCACUAUAAAAUUCAAUUGUUUAAUAAUGAGGCAUGGCAUGGUGGUGCACAAGGUACCUAUCUGACACACUUUCUGAUAAUGGGCCAGCUUAAAAGCAGAUCAUUGGAGAUGUGGGUCACAUUCCGGCCGCCAUGAACUGGGAUCGAUCAUCGAUCAUCGAUCAUCGAUCAUCGAUCGUCAGAGUAAAGAUCGUUAAACACUAAGAACAGUUCACAUGGGCCAGCUAUAUAGUGGGUGUACAUGUUUUAGCGCUCAUAAAUAUAUUUAUGUGUAAAGUGUAAAUUGAAGAUGACAGAGAGAGAAUAUGAGGUCCCAUAGGAGUUUAAUAAAAUAUAGAAAUGUCACAUGCAAUGCAACUCUUGUAAUUUUCCUUUUCCUUUUCCUUUACUUUCAUUAUAUAUCACGGAACCACUGUGUAGUGCUGCUUUCAA